AUGACAGACAUUCUACAAAACUUGUACCAAGAGUAUAAAAAUGCAAUCAGCAAUAACUAUACUGCUAUUGCCCAGUUUGAGUCAGCAUUUCGACUGGUUUCUUAUGUCAUAGCAGGUCGAUUUGAAGAUUCAACAAUCCUCUCAGAACUUUUAUAUUCAGCUUCAAACCUUCUUAUCUUAUUUAAUGAUGCCAUCAUAAAGAAAGCUUCUGGUAUACUUCCUAAAGUUUCAGCAUCACAGGAGCGACUACAAAGUCUUGUGACAAUCCUGGAAUAUGUUGGUGUAUUUAUUGAAAUAACAGCCCAGAGAUUGUAUGGUGACAUUGGCAAAUGGGUAGCCAUUACUGUCCUACAAAUUGCAAAAUCAGUAUGCCGUUUUCUGUUGUUUGUUAAACAUGAAGUAGGGAUUCAAGCAGUGCCGCCUCUCUCGCCUAUUGAUAGAGAAGCUAUUCUUAAAGAGGCUGUAGCGCAGAAACAGAAUCAACCCACAUUGGAAGAUGAACCUGCCUUACAACAAACUAGUUCAGCAAAAAAUGGCUCAGUUCCCUCUGUGACAUUCACAUUGAAAAGAUCAGGAAAAUAUAUGAGGUCAUUGACAGCAGCACCUCCAAUGAAAUUACGAGAUUGGAAAUUACCAGAGCCUCCUCUUUGUACAACUAAAACCCUUAGAGAAAAUCACAAGCCUACAAAGUUAUCUCGUUCACAAGCAUGGGGAGAAUGCCUCUACAUAUUCAAACCACUUAUUCAUUUAACAAGUUUAUAUCUCUGUGGGAUUUCAUCUUUCAAGCCAUUGCUGCUCUCCUCUGGCCUUGAUGUCACUAGCUUAUAUUUGAUAGGUGAAUCUAGAGAUCUUAAUAAGCAGGAGCAGGCAGAGUUACGUAGGAGAUCAUUGAUGCUAGUCAUGUAUUUACUGCGCUCACCUUUAUAUGACUGCUACACAAAAAAAAAACUAUUGGGUUUGUUGAGAGGAUUGGCCAACACAGUUCCUGGCAUUUCCAUCAUUCUUGUUCCACUGAUGGAAUAUCUACCUGUAUGGCAGAAGAUCUACUUCUACACAUGGUCAACAUAACAGCAUGCACUUUCAAAGUUUUAAUUUUUUAUUUUGAAAUGAAUGCACAAAGUUUUUAGGUAUUUAAUUAAGAACAUAAUUAUGAAAACAUAAAUUAGGUUGGUUGGAAACAUCUAAUGCUUUGAUUUUUAUUGCAUUUGUUAAAUUCCAGUGAAAGUCCUUUACAUUAUAUUAAUGAAUGUCUUGUUGGUGAUAUGUUUGUGAUACCUUAAAGUGUUAAAUUUAUUUACAUUUCAUUUACUUACAUUUAUAAAAUAAAUAUUUUCUUAUUUUUUAUAGCUAUUAAAACCUCAGUACAUCUCAUCUAUAACUAAAACAAUAAAUGUGCUAUGAGAUUCAGACAUCUAAACUCUUUAUGAAAUGUAAUAUGUUUUUGUUUCUUAAACAUUUUAAAAGAUUUAUGUUUCUUAAAUAUUUUGAUCAAUACUAAUUCCAAAGCCAUCUAUAAAAUUGAUACUUUUGUCUUACAAAUAAUAAUAAUAAGGUUAAUUACUUGGCUUGCAAAGUAAUGAGUUUAACUUGUGUCUAAACUAGAUAGGUUCAGUGAUAAGAAUUUUUUAUUUAUUUAUGUGUUUGAAUUAUUUCUAAAUUCUGAUUUAAAAUGAUAAGUUUUUAACUUUGGAACAAUCCACUAAAUAAAAUAGAUUUAACUUUAAAAAGUUUGUAUUCAGUGAUGAAAAAAAAAUAACUUUACAAAAACUUGAAAUGUGUACAUAUUUUGUGCCUUUAUGUUUUUGUCAGUGUCAAACCAUGCUGCUUCAACUGUUGGAUUCUGCUAAAGCAUUUCAAGUAGAGAUAACUGUUUCACUUAAAUAAAUCUCCAUUUUUAUGCAUUGUAAUUAGCUUUUUCUUCUGAUAUUCUUUCAAAACACUAUUCAGAAAAAAUUAAUUUGUUUGUGUACAUUUCUGUAAUCAUGUUACCAUGUUAUUUGAAUAAAAGCAAAUAAAUUGUAAUACAUUUUAAAUAUG